AUGAUUCUCAGGUCACCACAUUACCAAGUCAUCGACGGCUUCCGACGCUCCGCCAUAGUCCAACCGGAUAUCUUGAGGAAAGCUCUGAAAUUCACGCCAGCGAAAGGCGAUGUCAUCCAGAUGUCGUAUCCGAAGUGCGGUACGCAUUGGAUGCAGUAUCUGACGCUCCUUGUCCUCAACGAUGGGCGGCCCAUCAGGACCUACCAAGAGUUUGCGAGCAGUGGCCGAUCGCUCGAGUACGCCGGCGUCGAGGGUUGGCAACCUCACAACGGUGAACGCACGCUUCCGUACAGAGCUGUGUUGACGCACCUGGACCCACCGAGGAAGAAGAAUCUCAACGCGGACGCGAAGUACGUGUAUGUGGCGCGAAACCCAUGGGACUGUUGCGUCUCCUUCUACCACCACGUGUCAAAUCUGAGUCCGUUCCGGUUCCAAGAUGGGACGUUCGACGAGUUUCUCGACUCGUUCCUGAGAGGCGACUUCGGCUACGGCGACUACUUCGAUCACCUCUUGGCCGGUUACGUCCUGAAAGAGGAACCCAACGUACUGUUCGUCACGUACGAGCAACUCAAGAGGGAUACGCGCUCGGUUGUUCUCAAGCUUGCUUAUUUUCUGGACGAACGGUACGGCAGAGCGCUGGAAACGGACCAAUACCUGCUCCGUACAUUGCUGGAGAGGUCGACGGUGGAGAAAAUGAAAGACGUGCUUGUUCUGGACUUUAAAGGUGAAGAGAAUCCAGCUAUGAACGGCCUUUUCAAAGGUCGACAAGUUUAUGCGAAAGUCGGAUACCGGGGAGACAAAAGCAAGUAUUCGUUCGUUCGAAAGGGCGUAAUAGGUGGCUGGAGGGAGCACUUUACGAAAAGGCAGCUGCAGAAGAUGGACGCGAGGAUUACUGAGAAAACAAGCGGUUCUGACGUUAUGGACUUGUGGGCAGACAUUGUGGGUGAAACAAAGAAUGCCAUGGAAGGUGGGGAGUAUAGUAGGGCAUAG